GUUGGCCACAGCCAGGGAGCGGCCAGCCUUGCGCGAAUGGCAGUCGUCCACCACACUGGCGUCCUUAUCCACAUUGCCCACUGCUUGCGCUCGACCAAGGACGUCCUCUCGCUGCUGCAGGCGCUGCCACGUCAUGCGCUCGACGCGCCAUUGGCUGCGCUACUGACGCUCCUGACAACGCCCGAGACCUUGCGCGUCGUCGAGAGGAGCUGGCCGUGGGCCUCGAUCGAAGAGUAUGGUCAUGAUGACAUAGCGACGGUCUUCGCUGCGCUGCCGAUCUUUCGCUCGGUUCAAAUCAACUGCCUCCACGCGUUUUGGGCCGCGUCUGAACCACAUCGGCCUGCCACUUGGGGCCACGAAGUCGAGUUCAUUCCAAGCGAUGGAUCGAUAUCCAGGAACAGGAAUGUGAGCGCGCUCCUGCGCCUUCUCCGUCUCUGCCCCAACCUCCACGCGAUCGUGGUACACAUCGACAGGUCGGACCCGGCUCUCACGGCCAGUAUUCUGCAAGCGGCGCAGCACGUCAAGCGCAUUCAUUUUGUGACGCCCGACCAGACCGAGUACAACUGCGGAAACUGGCGACCGCUCUUUGCCGAGUGGCUCGCGUCCGGGCAUGCGACGCACCUCGGCAUUAUCGGACUCACCUGCGAUGACAACGUCGGCUUUGCGCGGGCGAUCGCCGCCGCCACGUCGCUCACAAGCCUUCAGCUUGCCGUUGCCAGUGGUGUCCUGCAAGGCUUGGUUGACGUGGCCACCCCGCUAAAGGCCAUCACGAAGCUACGACUUGCGGCGCCCAACGACAGUAUGAGCCUCGAGCCGUUUGUCACCAACUUGAUCGAUCUCUCGGCGCUUCAAGUCUUUGACCUCUCGUCGGAUAACGAACUCGACUUGACGUUUGGUCUGGCGCUACUGCCGCGUCUCGGCAAGCUUAAAGAGCUCGAGCUCACGCACUGUAACCUGCGUGCCGUGCCGGCGUUGCCAGAGGCGCCGGCGCAUCUGCGGCUGCUGGACGUGUCGUAUUCGAGCAUGAACGACGAGACGUGCCUCGGUCUUCUCCAUUGGGCGUCGCAGUCGCCGUGCCUCGACACAAUUUGGCUCAAGAUGUGCGACACGGUGAGUCGCAAACCCGUACUGUUUGCUAGCUACCUUCGACGCUGGAUCACCGGCAGUGUCACGUUUGUCGCCCUCGACCGCUGCGAAUUGGACGAGAAGAGCGUCAUUGCCAUUGCCACCGCGCUCUGCGACGCUUGCCGAUCCUCGUCGACGUUUUCGCUGCGUCUGGAUUUCGGAACCUUGGAUGUGGACGCGUACGACGCGCUUUUCGAGGCACUCGCCACGUGCAAUGGCGUCAAAAUCGAAGUAAUUAUCGUCUACAGCCCCUAA